AAGACAAUGACAUAACGUAUUAGAAACAGCAAACCAUGGCUGCAGCUGUGCCGACUGUGUCUGUACCUUUAUCAAAUUCUAAAUUCUUCAAUUGGAUAAAGGCUGCACUGGCUGUGUUUUAUACUAAAGAAGAAAUAGAGCCAGUUGUUAUCGAUGAAGUCAAAUAUUUCCAACAAAACUGUCUACAUACUAUUUCCUCUUCAAACAGCUUACCAGCCGGAAGCACAUGUUCGAAGUGCUGUACGGAAAAUCUGAUUGUUUGUCCAACAAACAGAAUUUGCAACGUAAAUCGUGGAAAAUGUUAUUAUCAUAAAAAUGUUGCAACUCAGUUUCGCCCGUCUGGAUGCCCAAAUAAGAUUUGUCAUAAUCUAAAAUCUGAGAUUGAAAAAGCACAUCGAUAUCACGGUCCAUCGUAUAAAAAUACAGACGCAACAAAAUGGUGCAGCAAUGCCUGGGAAAUUGCCAAGUGUUAUCUCCCGCCAGACGGAUACAAAGAUGUAUCGAAUGCUUCAGAGACUAAUUUUAAUGGCAUCAUUAGUGUCAUUAUUAAUCACAAAGGAUUUGAGGCGAAAAUAAAAGACGAUUUGUCCAAGAAGAAUAAUAUAUUUGACAAGGGUCGAGAUGUUGGUAAAACUGUCAGACAUUCUCCUAAUCUGGAGGUCGAGGAUACAGAUCUAACACAGUAUUUUACCAUUUUAAACAACAUUUUGACCGAUCCUGGAUUCGUAGCAAUGAAUAAAUCACCAAACAAUGCAAUUCAGAAAUUGGCUAAGCUUCAAAGUGACGAUUUGAUCAUUGGAAAAGACGUUGUACGUAAAGUUUUGGACGAUGUAGGAAAAACAAUUCAGGAACAAAUAAGAAAUGAGAUGGAUGUGUACAAGCAGAAGACUGAAGAAAGAAAAUUAGAGCUAAUUAACAGUGUUAACUUGAAAAUAAAAGAUAUUGAAGAGAAGGGAAAUGUUUCACUUGCCAAGCUGAAAUCAUCUAUUGAUGCUUUUGAGACUAAGGUGACAGAAUCUAUUCAAGAGAUAGACAGUCGGACAAGGAAAGGAAUAGAAACCAUUGAAAGUGUUACCAAUGAUGGCGUUCAAAACGUCAAAGAAGAAAAAGAAAAUGCAAUAAAGGAGAUACAAAAAGCUGCAGAAAAAUGUAAGACAAUACUUUAG